UCGGGAUGUGUUUCUACACGGACGUCAUCCACUUUCUCCUCACUUCCUGUUGUGUAUCCACGUGGGUCUUGUGCUGAUGUUCAUGCCAGCUAACAUUAGUACUUCAACUUUUACAUGCUUUUAUGUGUUAUGUUUGAAAGCUCUGUCUGAGCGCUUUAGAGAUGCAGGUGUCCAGUGUGAAUAACGUGAAGAUAUAUAAUCUGAGUCACGGGAAAUCUCUUCCGGAGUGGCUGUCUGAUCGAAAGAAGCGAGAUUUACAGAAGAAGGAUGUUGAUAUCCAGAGGAGGAUCGAGCUCAUUCAGGAUUUUGAGAUGCCCACAGUCUGCAGCUCCAUCAGGGUGUCACGAGAUGGCCAGUUCAUUUUAGCUGCAGGCACGUACAAACCUAGAGUCCGAUGCUAUGACACUUACCAGUUGUCUCUGAAAUUUGAGAGGUGCCUGGACUCAGAAGUGGUGGCGUUUGACAUCCUAUCAGACGACUACUCUAAGCUGGUGUUUCUGCAUAUAGACCGCUAUGUGGAAUUCCACUCUCAGCACGGUCAUUACUACAAAACCCGCAUCCCGAAGUUUGGCAGAGAUUUUUCCUACCACUACCCUUCCUGUGAUCUCUACUUUGUGGGUGCCAGCUCAGAGAUCUUCAGACUGAAUCUUGAACAAGGCAGAUUCCUGAACUCCUUACAGACAGAUGCUGCAGAAAUCAAUGUGUGUGACAUCAACCCUGUUCAUCACUUACUUGCUGCGGGGACAUUAGAGGGCAGAGUGGACUGCUGGGAUCCUCGUGUCAGGGGUCGAGUGGGAGUUUUGGACUGCGCUCUCAGCAGCAUCACUGACGGCACUGAGGUGGAUGGUCUGCCAUCCGUCAGCGCUCUCAAGUUCAAUGGCUCUCUGGGCAUGGCGGUGGGGACCAGCACCGGACAGAUUCUCGUCUAUGAUCUUCGUUCUUCACAUCCUCUGCUAGUUAAAGAUCAUUACUAUGGUCUGCCCAUCAAAUCCCUUCACUUCCAUGACCCGCUGGACCUGGUGCUCUCCGCUGACUCCAAAAUCAUCAAGAUGUGGCACAGAGACAAUGGAAGAGUAUUUUCCUCCAUCGAACCGCAGGCCAACAUCAAUGAUGUGUGUCUCUACCCCGGCUCUGGAAUGCUCUUCACUGCCAAUGAAGCUCCCAAAAUGAACACCUUUUACAUUCCUGCUCUGGGUCCAGCUCCACGCUGGUGCUCCUUCCUGGAUAACCUCACCGAGGAGCUUGAGGAGAACCCGGAGAGCACCAUCUAUGACGACUACAAGUUUGUCACCCGCAAAGACCUGGAGAACCUGGGUGUGAUGCAUCUGAUCGGCUCGCCUCUCCUCAGGGCCUACAUGCACGGCUUCUUCAUGGACAUCAGGCUCUACCACAAGGUAAAGACCAUGGCGAACCCAUUUGCCUAUGAAGAGUACCGUAAGGACAGAAUCCGGCAGAAGAUCGAGGAGUCGAGAGCUCAGAGAGUCCAGCUUAAGAAGCUGCCCAAGGUCAAUAAGGAACUGGCCAUGAAGCUCAUGGAAGAAAGUGAGCUUCCAAACAAGAAGAAGAAGAAAAAGGGCAAUGCCGUAGAAAAUCUCCUGAUGGACAACCGUUUCAAGGUGAUGUUCGAGAACCCUGAUUACCAGGUGGAUGAGCGGAGCGAGGAGUUCCGCCUGCUGAACCCCAUUGUGUCUAAAGUGGGUGAAAAGAGGAGGAAGAAACUCAGCCAGCUUGUUCAGCAAGAGGAACAGAAGGAUGGGGAGGAGGAGGAGGAGGUGGAAGGCCGUGGCAGCUCAGAGGAAGAGGAGAGCUCUGAUGAUGACGAUAAGAGUUGGGUGGAGGAAGUGAGGGAGCAGCGACGUCUUUUACGGGUGGAGGAGCGAGAGCGCAGCUUUAACCAAAGGAAAGAGAGAAGGCAACAGGACCGCGACACCAGCUUACAGAGUUCUGAUCCAGUCAGAAACCUCCAGCAGGAGCAUCAGAACCAGCCCCGAUUCUACCAGAUCAAAGCAGGAGAGGAGUUUCGCAGCUUCAGCGACGUUUCCCACAAGCAAAAGAUGCAGAAGACUUCUCUGGAGGAGCGGCUCCAGCGGGAGGAGAGAUCAGGGAUGCUAAACCUCAGUGACACAGCAGUUGGAAGCAAACAGCUUACUUUCACACUCAAGAAGACGGAAAAGCAGCGAUUUCAACAGCAGGCUGAACGUGACCAUCAUGAGGAGAGGAGGAAGAUCAGACGGGCGGCUGGACACUUGCAUUCGCACAGGGGAGGAAGAGGAGGUGGGAGAGGAAGAGGAGGUGGGAGAGGAAGAGGAGGUGGGGGUGGAAGAGGAAGGAGACCCUUUUAAACUCAGGACUGAUUGUGGUCACUAGAUGUUGACAUACAGGACUUCUAAUACUGCCUUAAAAUGUCAGGAAUUACUUUUGUGUUCAAGAGACCGUUCCAUUACAGAUGCCGUCACUGACUCACUUACUUUUUUGUGUUUUGUGAAGAACCAUAAAACAUUUUUAUCAACAUCUGCUCUUUCCUGUUCUUUUCUCUUAUAUUUAUACACAUUUGUCAAUUCACUUUUACUGCUGAACAUUUCUGGAAUGCUUUUGAUACUAGUUUACAAAGUCAUGGUUUUACUCUACAAAACUAAUCAACCAAUGCACAGAGCGGCAGACCAAAACUGAACAUGGCUCUGUGCCGAUUUACGUACUUCUACUGUAUAGUGUGUACUAAAUAUAUGCACUUCAUGAUGGGAUGUGGUGUUUUUUAUAGAGAAUGUGAAGCUGACGUCACACCUUGUUGAGUUCUGGGUAACUGCUUUGUGUACACGUUAUACUGGGAGGAUCGUGCUGCCUUUCUGCUAGUAAGUUUAGGGCAGCAUUUUGAUUUUCUGUCAUGAUUGUGAAAAAUUGCCAAUGUAGGUCCUUCAUGGUGCAUGGAGAAAUGCCAUAGUAACUCACAACAUAAAUUUUGCCUAUCCUACUUGUAAAAACACAAAGGCAGCAGGUUGAGGAGGUGAUGAGAAGACGCCGGAUAGCAAAUCUAUUAAUGUCACUGAUUAAACCCACUGCCUAUCACUCAAUAAAGUAAUCACAUUGCUGAGUGUUUUUUAAAGUUUUGUAUUUUGUUUGGUUUAAUAAUUAACAUUACAUUUGCUAGUAUGACUCUCACUUGGCUUGUGAAUGAGCAUAACUUGUACGCAGCCACUGCAAAACUGUUCACGAGCGUCUAUGGGUUUGAUUUUGGUUGCCAUUUGUUGAAAUAAAUACAAAAAAUACA